AUGUGGAACCUCCUCGCCUCUAUCGCUGUACUACUAGCCCAUCAUGUUUCCGCUCACGGAGGUGCUCUCAACUAUACUGUCGGCGACACAUGGUACCCAGGCUACGACCCCUACGGCGAUGAAGCCAUGCAAGACACUGCCUCGUGGAUGCCACAACGAAAAUGGAUAUCCAACAACCCCAUCUUCGAAACCACCAACUCAUCCCUCUCCUGCAACACACCCGGCACUCCCGCCCGCGCCUACAUACCCAUCCGCGCAGGUGAGAAUAUAACCGCCGUGUACGCGUACUGGGUGCACACCGUCGGUCCUAUGAUAGCGUGGAUGGCAUACUGCGACAACGCUGACAACGACUGCACGACCUUCUCCAGUGAAACGGCAGACUGGUUCAAGAUCGGAGAGAAGGGAUUAUUGGAGGGAAGCAUCGAGACUGGAGAGUGGUUCCAGAAAGCGUUUAAACCGCAGUUUUACCCUGAAUGCGCGCAUUUGGAAGUCAGCAACGAUGACAAAGGUGUGAUUCCUAGCAAGGAAUAUAUGGUUAAGAUUCCAGGAGUGUGGAGUAUGGAUCAACCUGAGAUCAAUAUCGACAUCUAUAGUCCCGAGGUCUCGACGAAGACGGUAUACAAUAUUCCGGGCCCACCCAUUUGGUCGGUGGAGACGUAG